UGAGCUGACAAGUGUGGAAAUCUAAAAAAUACUUGAAACAUACGUAAUCAACUAUGUUGAUCAUCGUGGCAAUGUUUAUUUUUGUCUGCAGCUUGAAGGGAGUUCGCCUGUGCGGUUUUUCUCGAAAAUCGAGUUUUUCCUAUUUCCGUGUAAACUUCAAAUUGUUAUAACUCGUUCAUUUUUGGUCGAAAUUGACUCAACAUUCAGCAAAUAUGUAGUUUUGACUGAGAAAAAUAGCAGAACGAGCAACAGAUCUACAAAACCAUUUUUUAAAACCUUGGUUUUGCGGAAGGUCUCUGGAAAUUCGUCAGCCCCUUAGUGGAGUAGAGAGAACUUUGCCGUCUUGAUUGGUAUUAGACGAAUAGGGAUGGGUGUCUCCUGAAAUGUUGAAUCAAUUUCGACCAAAAAUGAACGAGUUAUAACAAUUUGAAGUUUACACCGAAAUAGGGAAAACUCGAUUUUCGAGAAAAACCGCACAGGCGAACUCCCUUCAAGCUGGAGACAAAAAUAAACAUUGCCACGAUGAUCAACAUAGUUGAUUACGUAUGUUUCAAGUAUUUUUUAGAUUUCCACACUUGUCAGCUCAGAGAUACGAAGAUCCUCGAAGAACGCCUGUAGCUCUCGGACCAUCAGAGAUGAAAGGUUAGGCAAUGAACAGAACUAGAUUUCUUCUAUAUGUCAAACAGUUUUUGAGUACAGGUUACUAUGUAAGCUCUAAGAAUGGCAAGGUCGACCAUUUUGCUUCGAAAGGUUUACUAUGGUAAACCUUAUUAGAGCGACUCUAUUUUUCCAUAGAUAUAUGUGCCCCGGUGUCUAGUUUAUAAAACUGAAAACCGCAACUCGCUAGCUCUGUUGGUUCAAAACUUAUAAAAAAAAAUAUCCGACUGCAUUCUAUUUUGAAACAGAUAGUAGUUUUCUACCUUUUGUUUUUUACUAAAAAUAGUUUAGAUGGAUAUUGUAUAUUUGUUCUUGUAUCAUAUUUUUUCAGGUUUCACCCAUAUACAAAUUAAAAGAAUGGUAAGAACUAAAUGACAAACUGACAAAAUAGAGAUAUAUAACCUUUUUCCUUCUGAUCAUAAACUAAUAUACGACCUAUUUGACAGGUCAAACAAAAUACAGACGCCCACAUUAGCACUUGUCAAAAAAAUAUAUAUAGUAUUGAUGUUUUUUCCACAUGUGACGAAUCGUUUCAUUUACACGCUUCAUUGAAUUGUAGUUGUUAGUAGUUUUCUCGUCAUGUAGACAAAUAUGUGACUCGUCAUCGUAAAACAGAAUUGUAAAAUACAACUAUAUAAUUUAAACAUUUGGUAGGCGUAACUGUGAAUAUCUUGCUAUUUAUAACUACAGUAUAUUGUUUUGCUUUGACAAUUUACUGAUGAUAGUGAAUUGCAGAUUUAAUGAACUUUGAGAAUAAUGUGAGAAAUAGGGCUUACGUAUUCUAGAAAUUUAUUAUGUAUUGAUUUUUCUAAAUUUUCGUCCGUUAUACAUUUCAAACAAUAAUUCUUAGGUCAAGGUAUAAAUUGUCCGAGUUUUUAAAAAGUAAAAUAUUCUUUCUGCAGUUGCAUAUGUUGUCAUAAUAAAGAAAUUAUUGUUUAUCUCCGAACUAUGAAGUUGUUUCUCUUAUCAUUUAGUCGUCAUUAAAAUGUCAUCAAUUCAUCAACGUCUAGACCGUAGUUUAAGUCAGUCAUUGGACUCUCUUACUGAUUCGCCAAUAAAGCAUAAUCAUGGUUUUUUAUUAACAACAACAUUUGCCCAUGAUCAAAAUGGCAAUAAUAACAAUAAUAAACAAAAUUUUAUUUACCGUUCGAAAAGUUGCUCAAGUUUCAACGAAGAUGAAUAUUUUUCAUCAUUGUUUAAUCCAAGUCUCAAAAGUCCGACACCCACACUUCGCAGUACAACUAUACCCUUAAAUUUUAACCCAGUUAUUGAGGAAAAAUCGCUCAAAACAGAUGAAAAUAGCGUUGAGAAUCAUUUACUGACAUCGACUUAUCAACGUCCAUCAUUCCGUCGUUCAUCGUCCACAUCGAACGCAAUUGCAAAAGUUAUUCAUCCAGACAAUUUAACCGAACGUCUCCAAAGUAGACGUCGUAAUAUACAAUCUAAACAGGCGGUAAUGAAUGUUAUUGGCUUUUUUAAACGUCUAAGUUCAAUAGCUGAUGUACAACCGGAUAUUGAAAUAAACGGUGUAUCAUACGAUGAACAAUUAUUUAAUACGAAUAAUUCUUAUAUAUUAAAAUAUGCUGAUUUGACAAAAUCAGCUCAAAAUCUUCAAUGUUUAACGGAACAAAAAAAAAUUCUUGAACAACAUUUAUAUAAAGUCGCCUUGAUUCUUACAUUAACCGAAUUACGAUCGGAUAAAGAAGUUUUACUCUAUCAAUAUCCUUUAGAUGUAUCUUUGGAUGAAAUAAAAAAUUAUAAAAGAUUUUGUUUUCCAGAAUUAACAGACGUUCUAAUCGAAGAUUCAUUAGUAUAUGAUUCGUCUACAUUCGUAUUUACUCGUGUUUGUUCUGAUGGUAAAAUUGAAUAUGGUUAUUGUCGACGGUUACAUAGUACAAAAAGUCAAAUUUAUGAUUAUCCAGCUGUUCUAUGUUUAAUAUCAACAUAUUCAUGUUACAAGUUAUAUGAUGCAGUAUUGAAUGAAUUAUCAAACGCUUAUUCGACGAAUGAAUUAGAAUGUCAAUUGUUAUUACAAUCAUUUUAUUCAAAACCAGUACCAAAACCGGGUGUCUCAGCUGUCGUCUGUGUUUUAAAUAAUAGUCGUGUAUUUUUCUACGCAUGGCCAAAAGACAAUCGAAUAAAUCAUGACUAUUUUGCCAUAUUACUUCGAAAAUUAUCACCAGUUAAUGUUAUUAAAGUGUUUUGUGCCAUGUUAAGAUCAAAACGAAUCAUCUGCUUUGCUAAAGGACUUUCAACAUUAACAAAAUGUUGUCUUGGUCUUCAUGGUUUACUUUAUCCAUUUACUUGGCCUUAUCCAUUUGUUUCGUUGAUGCCAGAUUUAUGGUGCAGAGAUAUCUGUGAAACACCAUUUCCAUUCUUCUAUGGAUUUUUGUAUAGUUCAUUAGAAUGGAUACAUGAAAAACAGAUUGAUGAUACAGUGUUAGUAGAUUUAGAAAAUAAUAAACUCUAUACAGAGUUUGAUGAUAUUGAUCUCCUUAAUGUUUUACCUCCACCGUUAUAUCAAGUAUUAUUACGUUCACUCGAAUAUAUUGUACGAUUUCGUUUAUCAAAAAUGAAUGAAAAUUUGUUAAAUAUUGCCGUAUCAGAAGCCUUUUUACGAGUAUUUAUUGAAUUAUUAUAUAAAUUACCCGAUUUUUUCCACCGUACUCACACGAUGUUAGCUGAUGAGGACACUAAUAAUUCACAGUUUCAAGUAUGUAAAGAUUAUUUUAACAAGGAUGCUGAUCGAGACAGUGGCAUUGUUAUUCCAUCACGAACAAAUUCACCAGCAACAUUAUCAUCGGUAACAACAGCCGAAAAUUUAAGCUCAUCACCAUCCUCUGCAUCAUCAUCGCCAAACUCAAAAUUAUUGUACAAAAUUCAGUUAGAUCGAAAUCACCCAAAUAAGAAACCGUCAACAAGACGAAAAUCGAUAAGAAAAUUUGAUUAUGAAUUUUUCUCAGAUGAUUUCCUUAUAGCACAAUCACAAAGAUCCUAUGUUCCAUUUUUGAAUGAAUUUAUCCAUGGUAUGAUGUUUAUGAAAUUCCUUGACGAGUUCAAUUAUGAACGCGAUAUACAACAAUCGCUGUUUUGUAAAAGAUUAUCAGAAUAUCGUCGUGAAAAAAUUUAUGAACAACAACGAGGAAAAACGGACAAUGGAAAUACUACGACUAUGAAUAGUUUAACAAAUUUAUUUCGACAAACAACACCAUCAUCAAAUCAAAAUGAUGAAUUUCGAGAACAAAUUGAUACAUUGGAAAAAUAUGCAAAAGAUUAUGCUCGAGAAGUCAUGCAUUCUACAAAUUCAUUUAAUAAGCAAACAAUGACAAAUUUUGUAAAAAAAUUAUUGGAAUAA